CUUGCGGGGAUAUAACGCUUGCCUCUCGAUUUUUGCAAGCAGUUGCCUUUACCACGUCGAGGUGUAAAUACGUAACAGAAAAAAAGAAGCCAGAAAUGUGCGACCGCGACCUCCCCCUGGACGCCACGCGCGCCAUCUGUGAGCACGAGGCGGCGGCGGCGAAGGAGGUGGCCGACCCUUGGCAGAAUUUCUACGGCGAUUCGCUCUUCCUGAAACGAGACUGGGAUCUGGAGGACUGGCGAAGCUACUAUGAUAAGAUGCCUGGCUGGGAUGGCUGCGAGGGAACAGGACUGGGCGUCACUCAGUUCGCCGACAAGGUGUUUUGGAAGACAGAGGCCAGGGCGUUUUUCCCUCUCUGCGGCCGGGCGGAGGACAUGAAGUGGGCCUACGACCACGGCCACACCGUCGUCGGGCUGGACGGAGCGGAGAAGCCCGUCCAGCACUUCUUCGAGAAGUACCAAGACCUCCAGCACACCGUGGAGGAGCUCGAGUACGGGAAACUCUACAAGAGCAAGGACCGACGUCUGCAGGUGUUCGUGUGUGACAUCACGGACAUCGCCCUCGUGGUCCUCGGGAAAUUCGACGUCGUGGUGGACUGCGGGGCCUACACGUCCAUCCACCCGCGAGACAGGGCCAGGUACGUCGAGACAGUGACAUCGACGCUGGGGAGAGACUACCGCUAUUUCCUCGACGUCUGCCACGACGCGCCGCCGGCAGCCACGGGCCAACCCCAGUCGAUUCCGCUGCGCGAAGUGAAAAGGGAUUUUGGUUCUUCGAGGAAAUUAGAAUUCUUAGGAACCGAAGAUAUUAGUGAAGAAUGGGGUGUCGACACGUUUUUCCAGACUUACCUCAUCAUGGAACCGAAAUAAAAAAAAGAAAUAGUUUCAUAAAAUGUGAAGA